AUGGGUUCAAGUAGCAGGAGCCUCAAGGAUGCCACCAAGGCCCUCCAGUCCCACUUCACCGGCUCCAAGAUCCCCCUCUCCCUCCCCUCCGAGAGCCGCCGCAUGCUGCAGGCCUUCAUCGACGAGCACGACGGGAGCAUAGACUAUGACGAAGCCGCCAAAGCGAAUCAAGAGCUGAAGCAUUUCUGGGAUAGACAUGUCGGCACAAGCAGUCAGAAGCUGGGUGCCUUUGUGGGGGUCUUGAAAGAGCUGCGUCCGGCAAUCGUCGACGAUGAGGAUCUGUUGGAGUGGUAUCAUCUCGCUGGGAAGCCAGUCAUAUGUGCAGCAGCGUACAAGAAGGCCGCCCUGGAAGACGCUCACGAAUUUGUGACGAGUGUACUGGUUUACGAUGAGGACGAUGACAACGCCAAACAACGACAGAGGAAUUCAGUACGGAUAUGCAACGAUUUGCUCGGCAUCUACAUUGCGCGGACUCGAGGGAUUGGUGAGCACGAUGAGUUUGUGGCACCAGACAAUGCGCAGAUUGCGAAGCAGGUUGAGGGCGUGCUUGUGGCAUACGGCAAGAAGAUGCCCAAACAUCUCUUCAACAGUCUCGAUGACCUGAUCGUUCGAGAGGACACUCGGUUGCAGGGGCUUACUCUGCUCAGCACUUUUCUCCAACAUCAAGCGCCUCACCUUUACCUGGCUGACCAAACGCCCCUCGUCGACAACCUGCUGAAAUGCCUCAUGAACGAUACCUCGACAACCAUCCUGUCAGUGGCGCUCAAGUCGCUGAUCAUGCUGUUGCCUCACAUCCCGCACACGCCCGGCUCUCGCUUACCCCGGCUCUUCCUUAUCUACAGCAGGCUCCUUUGCUGGGAGAAGUUCAGCCCCCUCAGCACUGAAGCUCAAAAGAACCUUGUCACAGACGAUCGAAUCAGCGCUGAUGAUGAUGGCGACUUUGGCGAUGUUGGGAUCGAUCCCACGUGGGAGAAGUCCCGGCCAAAGGAUGGUGUCGUGGAACCUGCGACGCCCGAAAUCAUGACCUACUUUACGUACCUUUACGGCCUGUAUCCGUUGAACUUCAUGAGCUACAUACGAAAGCCUAGACGAUUCUUGAAAAGCGUUGACUUUCCUGGAGCGGACGACUUCGAUCUCGACCAAGCCGUGAUUCGAAGCAGGAGCGACCAGUUCCGGCAGGUGCAUCUUCUUCACCCCAACUUCUACAACUUGACCGUCGAGGAAGAGUUGAGCGAUCCCAAAUGGCCCAAGAUGGACCCAGCAGACGUGGUAGCCGAGUGCCAUGGCUUGGCUAUGAAUACCAAGCCAGCACUUCUCAGUCCAGGACCGCCGCCAACAAGCCGACUUCCAGAUUUACCUCCUCUUCCACCUAUCCCUUCAAACAACGGCUCGGUCUCACCUGCAAUCAGCCAUACCAGCUUCCGCUCUGGUCACAGCUGGCGCGAUACUCAAUCAACAGCGGUGGGAGGCUUUGACGCAGAAAGUCCAGUGCUCGGACCUGUCGAGGAUAAGCAAGAACAAGUACGACCGAGCACCGCCCCGGGCCGAUCUGCCAUGUCACCAAUGCUCGACGACUUCCCCAUGCCCGCUGGUCCUUACUUCUCGACGCCAAGUGCCAAAGACCUUAAAGAGCCGCAGAACAAUAUGGAGUUCCUGCAGCAGAAGGUCACAGCCCUGCAGAAUGAUCUCAGCUUUGAACGAUGGCACAAAGCUCAAUACUCGCAGCAUAUCGGGCAGUUGAUGAGGAAGAACGUCAAGGAUGCUACCGUCGAGGCCGAAACACUGAACCUCAUCAAUGCCAAUCGCGCUUUGAAGCAGCAACUGGAACAAGUUCGCAGUGCCAGAGAAGCCACCAUCAAGGACUCCAACCUCACCCGGAAACAAGCCAGCAAUUUGGAAACCAACAUGACCGAGCGCUUCAACAAGAUGAAGAAAGAGCAGGAGACGUGGGCUGCUGAUGCCGACGAGCUGAAACGAUUGCGAGCGGAGAUGAAGCAUUACCGUGAUCUUCUAUCUACCGCAGAAGCUCGCGAGUUAAACAAGUCACACGAAGUGGAGAUGAUGAAGCGGGACAUGGAGCAGCUGCAGAAGUUGCAAGCCAGACUAAAGGAAGCACAGACGAGACUCAGGGAGUACGAAUAUCGCGAGUUCGACUUCGAGCAGGCGAAGCGAGAGCAAGAACUCCUGCAGAGUGAGAAGGAGACAUUGCUCAUGCGACUCCAACGCCAGGAACAGGAUCGAGAUAGGACUAAGAAGAUGUUCACAGACAGGAUAGCAGAGCUUGAGGCUCAACGUGAGCUGACGACACCGCACGACCGUCGACCGCCCACGACCCUCUCCAUGGACAACCACACCACGCAUCAGGCUCUGCUGGACAGUCAAGCGAAAUUGGCUCAGUUGAAGAAGGCUCACUCCCGACUGCUCGAGCGCUUCACAGACUUGCAGAUGGAGUAUCAGUCUUGCAAGAACCAGCUUGAAUCGCUGCGGGGGUACGGAGGAGACGCAAGCCGCAACAGUAGCGUUGGUGGAUACAGCGACAGGACGCCAGAUGCCAUGAGCGGCGGGCUCGGGUAUAGGGGAGGUGUGAUCGAAAGCGUCUACGACGUCGCCAGCGAGUAUGGCGCGCCAUCUGAGAGCAACUUCACCAGCGUCAGCCAGAGCGAUCCCACAUCGAGACGGUUUCAAGACCGCAACAAUCUCCCUGUCUCGCCCAUCUCGCCGCCGAGGAGCGAAGCUACCUUCAACAGUUCGGCGGGAUUGACGUGGAAGCCUCCGUCCACUGUGCACAGCGGGAGGUCGUACAACUCUAGCGUCACACCUUCUGGGUACAACCCCACCGCACCACUUUCUACUGAUGAGAGGAGCGUGGUGAGCGGGCAAAGCGGCGGCAGUGGUGGCGACAAGUCUGGCAAGCCGAAGAUUGCUGUGAACAGUGAGGUUCGGGUGUUCGGUAGAGGUGGAGCACAGAACAUCAAGAUGAAACCGAAGGACAAGGAGAGAGAGCAAGCCAAACCUGAGCCCAAGAAAGGGGGUCUGAAAGGGUUGAAGGGCUUUGCAGGAUUGUAA